UUUAAAAUUAGUUUCAUUUUCAGUGUUGACUUCAUAACAAAAUUGUAGCUCCGUGGUAAAAGAAAAUACACCAAAAAAUGUAAAAUUAAACGGGGAAAACAUUAAAAUUGUAAGCCAAAGAUGGCAUUUAAAUAUCUAGCUCGCUUGUCAAGGCAACACCGCACAAUUUAUUGUUAUUUAAUAUUAAGUAUUUGGAUCUUUCUGUUGAUUGCUGGUAUCUACAAGUAUAUUGGAACAACCCUAUCAAUUGAAAGUUACAAGAACAGAAGGAAUUUUAUGUAUACCAGCGCUCAAGGUCGUGAUGAAAUAAAUGACCAAGGGAGAAGAAAUAUACAUGAAUGCAAUAACCCUGAUGAGAUAGCAUUAGAAAUGGACGGAGGAUCUCUUGAAGGAUGGUCCCUAACUGGGGUUUUACUCAUUACAAGACAUGGAGACCGUGGUCCCAUGGAGCACAUCCGCGGGAUAGGCACUAUUAACUGCGGAUAUGACAACUCUCUCCCUCUGCUUCAUCGAUAUAAGACAUUCAUUACAAAUUCAACCAUGAAUGCAUACUUUGGACAUUCUGUAUGGCUCAAAAAUGGACCUUUUCAUGGAUUUCCUCUACUUCCACCUUUAGAGAGGUUUUGCUUACUUGGCCAGUUAACAUAUCGAGGAUUGGCGCAGCAUUUAAAAAUUGGAGAAAUUCUAAGGCAAGCUUAUGCAGCACCACUUGGCCUUUUACACCGUCAGCAAACAGUACCAAAUACAAGAGUACUAGCUAAUAUAUCACUGGACAGUAAGAACAUAGCGAAUGGAAAUUUGUCUCCAGAAUCAAACAUUAUUGUAUAUUCUACGCGAUACAGACGAACAUUUCAAUCUGCCAUGGCUCUUCUUUAUGCUUUUCUACCCAUUGAUCAGUGGAUGGGAAUCACAGUGCGGGAAAGUCAUUCUUUGUCUUUUUGCUUCAAAGACUGCGCUUGCCAGCAGGCAGAAAGAAUUAGGAAGGAGGUGGCCAAAGAGGAUAUGGCUACAUUGCAUCAGCAUCCUGCCAUUGCAGCUGUUGUGCAUUGGAUUGGCAUGUCACUUAUGCAAAAUCCCAUAGUCCAGAUUAAUCCAAUGGAAGUGAGAGAUGCUCUUCUAGCUCUUCUGUGUCAUGAUACACCACUGCCAUGUCGGAAGGCCAAGGAUAGGUCUACAAAAAACAACCCUGAUAUUGUCACAACUCCAGAUAACAGAGAUGUUAUUAACAUUGAUCAGGAAGAGGGGCAAACAUCACCAAAGGACAAUCUUAUUGACGUGGAAGACAUUGAAACUAAUAUUGAGCCAGAAGGAUGUGUAGAGCAGUCACACGUUGAUGCCCUGAUGUCAUUCACAAACUGGCAGGGUGCAAAAAAAGUCAGAAGUCCGAAUAAUCGCAGAUUAGGGAUACUAAGAGCUUAUGGUCUCAUUCGCAAUAUUGUUGGGAACAUGCUGAAAAUGAUUUCUGGAGAGAAUAUUAAGUUUGUACUUUAUUCUGGGCAUGAUAGGACGCUUCAGUACCUUUUAUCGGCUUUGGGUCUUCAAUCACAACAGUUCUUUAUUCCCUACGCCGCUAAAAUGUCCUUUGAAGUCUAUAAAAGCAACUACGAUGCUCAAUUUUACUUCCGUGUCGUUUACAAUGGGAGGGAUGUAACUAACAAAAUUGUAUUUUGCGAAGGUGGACGCAGUUUAAGGGUAAGCAGAGGGAAUCGUGGGGAGAAAGCAGACCUCUGUCCCAUUGAAAAUAUCAUUCGCUUUAUUCAUGAUGAUUAUUUUGUCCCCUUAAAUGCUACAAAUUAUAAAGACGCGUGUACAAUUAAUCAACAAAACGAAGAUUUCCGAUAAAAUAAUUAGUUUCUCGUAAAUCCUCCAAUAUUAAGUAAUUGUGAUAUAAUAAGAUCUCAAAUUCUGUUUAAAAAAAUAAAGUGUUAUUGUCCAAAAUUAGAAAAAAAAGAUUAAUGCGUUCGUUUUUCCUUUUGUCGUAUACUUCAUGUUCGCAACAUUUUUGCUGGCUGUUCAUUACACCAAAGCACAAAUGGUUCGGUAUCGCUUCUCGGCCUAACGGCUAAGAUCAAAGUGUAGUAUCUGUUCUUAUUAGUUUAACACCUAAUAGCUCCCUCAUAGAGGGACAAUGUUGUUAAAUUGAUUUUUGGAAGCAGGCGAAGUGCUAGGAGCUUGCUCCACCUUUGCCACGGGUUGGCCUGGUAUUGCAGUACCGCCAGGAUCGGCCCAUUUAUAAAUCAAAAUAAAUAUAAAACUCAGGUGUUUGUGACACAUGAAACUCCUCCUUAAUGGCUGGGUCGAUCGUAAUGAAAUCCAGUAUGGAGGUAGAGGGUCCGUCGCAAUACGAAUUGAAAGCGCUAUAAUAGGAUUCCUCACCCACCAAACGUCACAAAUAAAAAGAUUUUUCCUAUACCUAAUGUAUUUUUUUUACCUGGCUAAAGGGUCGAAUAACAGAUUUUUUUUCAGGGUACAUACUGUAUUACUCACUUCCCCCACUAAUACACGCUCAAAUAUAUUCAUUCCAUCUGGAUUUUUCUCUCAAUCUAUUUAUAAUGUUGUUAGAAAAAAUUUUCAAAAAAAAAGUUCAUUCAUAUCGGAUCGAAAAUGCAACAGAAUGUCCGAAAUGGGUUUAUGAAUUGUAUGUUUAAUCAUGAAUGGAUAUAUAGAGUCAUUCGAGUCAUUCAGAAUAGAAAGUUAAGCGUAAAGUGUCCGUCAAUAAUAAGAUUAGGUGUACGUAGAAGUUUUUAUGCGCUUUAAUUUAGUUGGUAUUUCACAUAGGUGGGUAGCAAAGCAAGUCUUUGGAAGUUUAAGCGCAUAAAUGAUAGGCUUUUCCUAUAGAAAGUCAAUCAUAACGCGUUCAGUUAUUAGAGUUGGUAUACCACAACGCGGAUGGGUCAGUCUAUGCGUUGUAAUUUAAUUUGUGAGUAGUAUUAGUAGGCAAAGUUGAUUUUUUGUAAAAUUUAGCAAUUUGACAGGUUAAAAUGCUUAUAUCUUAAGUUCUAUAACACCUACAGAAAUUUCUUGACUAGUUCUGGAAAAGUAUUAAAACAGGCUAUAAAUUGACAUAAAGUUCAAUAAUUUUCAAGGUCACCUCCAGAACACAAAAUGGCGGAUUUUAGUUUUACCAAAACAGUUUUUUGCACUUUUUGUCAUCAAGGAAUGGUUCUAGAGGUUUCUGAUGUUCCAGAAAGUUGUAGAGUUUUGCAAAACCUUUAAUUUGAUACCAAGUUGAGCAAAAUCGGACAAUCCGUUCAAGAGAUAUGGCUCUUAGAACUUUUCAAAUUCAAGAAAUUUUCAAAUGGCCAUAUCUUCUAAACGGCGACAUAGAUUUUCUUCAUUUUCGGACUGGUGAAAGAUAUUUAGUCAGGCUACAACAUAUCAAAAUUUAAAGGAAAUCUAUAACAGAUGUUCGGAGAUAUUGUCCCUUAAAAUUAGACAAUUUUUGUUUUUGUUUUUAGCGCCUCUUGCGACAAUUUUUGGAACUUGGAAUGUUCUAGACAGUUGUAGGGCUUCGCAAUAUCUUUCAUUUGAUACCAAGAUGGUCAAAAUCGGUCAAGCCGUUCUCGUGUUAUAUCGAAAAAACACUUUUUGCUUUAGGCCGCCAUAUUUGCUAAACGGCUUGACCGAUUUUCAAGUAUGAAUUGUUGAUGAAAACGUCUCACUGAGCCCUACAACAUACUAAAAUUUCAGACCUCUAGCUAUAAGGGAAGUGGUUGACGGUAUUUCAAAAUGGCGGACGGCGGCCAUUUUGAAUUUUGAAAAUGCGAAAAAAUGAAAAUUUACACCCACAUUUCUAUAGAAAACUUCAAAUCGGAAGUCUCUAUCUGUUACCGUUCUUGAGCUAUAAAGCAAAAUGGGGACCAAUGGCAGGCCGGCCGGCCGGCAGGCCGGCCGGAUCAAAAAUUUUCCACCACCAUUUUCGUAAUGUGGGAUGUCUAAAACGUGCUCAUACCAAGUUUGAGCCCGAUCUGAGGUGGUCAGUUUUUCCGACGAUUACAAUACUUGGUAUGCCACGAUUGUGGUAUACCAACUAAUUAUCUCAGCGUAACCCUCCUAUAUUUUCCUUCAUUACGGAAUCCAUCUAUUUAGAUGAUUUAGAUGAUUUCUCCAACCCCUCGCCUUUGUAAUAAAAUUAUGAAAAUUAUUCUCUCCACUAAUGAAGUUAUACUUGUAUGAAUUUUCAUUCUAUUAUUAUGCCUUUUAUCAAUUGGACAGCCUAGAACAAUUUUUUUAGCAUAAUUUUCUUUAAAUUUUUGAUGUGCAAACGGAUUUACUGGAUGAUUACAAUGCAAUACUUGACAUGGCUACAUAGUACAUAUGUGGUAUACCAACCAUUUACUAAGCAAAUAAAAAAGGUUAAAAGGUGGGAUAUGUGAAAGUUUAUUCAAGAAAAUGAUCGUAUUUAAGCGAAAAUCACUAUAACACAUAUUCCAGUUGAGCUACAACAAUCAAUUAGAAUUGUGUGAAAAAUUUAAUUUUUAGCGAAAAAAAUGAUUUUAAUAAAUAAAUUUAAAAUUGUAUUACUGUGCAUCGUAGUUGCAAUUCCCAAAGCGCAUAUGGAUCACGAUCGUACACCUGGCAUGAAUACUCACGACAAAUUCCAAAAGGAACGGACUUCUGAAGAUCUCAAGUUUUACGAUGUUGAUGCCUAUGGUGAUGAUUUUACAGACUUUGGCGCUCAAACGGGACCCCGGGGAGCCUUUACAUGGCGUGCGAAUUUCCCGCUCUACACGAAGGAGUCCCAUAAACAAUAUAGGAAAUGAUAGUGUUAUUUUUAUAUCUUUAUUAUUUUGAUAUUGAUAUUACCACAAUAAAACAAAAAUUUAAUUCUAAUAUUAAAUCAUGCAACAGUAGCAUGAACUUCUGUUUUCUUCACUUAAUCUCGCACUUCCUCCUUCUAAGAAAUUCUCUGCUCGGAUACCUACCAGCCUUAACAAUAACUUUAUUUGCCUAACAAAACUAAAAUUUUGCUUCAAUCGAUUUUCCUUUUACAUAUUUUUAUUUAGUUACUAUGAAAUUUGCUUAUACAUAGAUAUAUUGUAUUUUUUUGUACAACACAAAAUUAUUUUUCUUACAAUCAAAAGUGUAAAAACAUAAAAUAAAUUAUUUUCGAAAAAAGAAUUCUUAUGUCUCCAAGGCCUUUCUCACUUUCAAGGUGCAUUGAAAAUAAAGCUUUUUAUUUUUAGCUUUUUUUUACUUUCUUUGACUUAACAAUUAAGUAGUUCUUUUGAUGUGCUAAGUUAAAAAAGUAGAAGAACGUAAUAGCAUCGGAACAAAAAAAAAUAGAAAAAUUACACAAAGGAAAUUUUGUUUUGUCACAUGCAUGAAUAAGUUUUCUAUUUUACAAAAAAAAAACGUUUGUCUAUCACUUCCAUUUUAGUCUUUAUAGAGUUGAGUUGUAUUGAUUGAUACCUACAAUAUUUCAUUUCGAAUGGUAUGUAGAAAAAUGUGUAUUAAAAAAGUAUUCGAUAUUGGUUUUUUUUUCUUAGUUUGCAUUUUUUAAUGUCACCAAAGAAAUAUGCUAUUGAAAUUAUUUCUAAAUUCUCUGAACUAAAAUGCAAAAGAAAUUUUUGGAGUAAAGGUAAAGCUAGUCUCACAAUGAUUUUAUGAAAGAUUAAAAUACAUAUAUACUAGUAUACUUCAGUAGUAUUUUAGAAUAUACUCGAGGUCCCAAACACAUACCUAACUAAAAUGUCGUGAUUAUGGAAAGAAAAUCAGUGACAACCCAUUUUUUUUUUAAUUUUGUGAUAAUUCUUAAACAUUUCUUUGAUUAAGAACUACCAUUCUGAAAAAUUUCAUUCGGUCAACUUUUAUGAGCUGCAGAUAUGGGUUAAAUCUCAUAUAAUAACAUUAUAUUUUUAUUUUUGUUUGUUAUCGGUAGUGUAGGUAGAAAGUGAAUCAUUUGAUAAAUUACCUCUUACAUAGUACCUUCUUUAAAAUCCAAGCCAUUCAUGUCUGAUAAAUAAAUUAUCCAAAUUUUAUGGAAACCUAAACGCGAAAAAGAGAUUUUCUUACAUACCGGUUAUAGAACUAAAUAUUGAUAUACGUAGGUAUCUGUUAUUCAUUUUUGUUUCUAUUGCCACUAGAAACGUUUAAAAUCUUAUUUUUCAUAAUUUCCCAAAAAAAUUUAAUAUUGUGAGACUUAGCAAAUAAUUGUAUAAAAAGGUUAGUGCGAUUAGUGCACUGAUUUAAAAAUCUAUAUUAAUUUUCUUUUACAGCUUGCCCUGUUUUUUUUAAGUUAGAAUGAUUGAAAAAAAGAAAGAAUUCAAACCAUUAAAUAAAGAAAAAAAAUGGAUUUGACAAAAUAUUUUCCAUAUUCGGCAAAUUGAUCCUACAUUUACGCUUCAGUAACUAAAUUUAAAAUAAUAGGUAUGUUACACAAAGUUUUAUUUCUUCAGAUAGAUACCUACAUGCUUUUCUUUAUAAUACAUUGAAUAUUUUUUUCUUAUUACGCAUUUGGCGCUUUUGUCGUUCCUUUUAACGAUAACUCAUUAAUAUCUUGUCGAAUCUUGAAUCAUAUUUUUUUUUUCUUUUGUGAUAUUAAAUUGUGUUUUCCACCAUUUGAGUGUAAUUCAAAACUUUUCUUAUGGUCAUUGCUAUUACAAGCAUAUUGUUAUAGUUAAUAUAUAUUGUAUGUAUAAGUAUAGAAAAAGCAAUCCUUGAAGAUACAAUUUGGGUUUUAAUAAUUUAUUUUACUAAUUUUUUUAUCAUUGUUCUACAGAAAUAUUAUUGAAAUUCAUUCGUGUCGUUUUUUUCAUAUUUUGAUCACAAAAAAAAAUAAUAUUUACUCUAAGCAUGUAUUUUUUACUAUUUACCUAUUUAUAUUAAAAACGUGAACUACAUAUUUAUCAAACAUUUCUCGUUCAUGCAUUCCAAAAAAAAUUGUGAAAAUCGUGUACAAGCUUUUUUGUUCCGUAUUCAAUCGAUUUUAAUUAUAAAACUUUCAUAUUUCCAUUACUUUUUUUUU